AUGAAGGCUUCAACAUUAAUAUAUAUUAGCCUUGUCCUAGCUACAUGUGUUCUGUUUUUCUCUUCCAAGUUUUCUUCUUCAUUGUCAUAUCAUUCUAAAGAACAGCAGCCACAAGGAGAUUUGAUUUUGACAUAUCCCAUUAAGGAACAAGGAGGACUCAACUCUGAUCAGAAGAGUAGCAAGGUAAUCAAAGAAGAGAUGAUAAAAUCAAGAAAAGGUGGUUUAUUAGGGCGUAAAGUUAGAGUAACAAUGGAGGAUGAUGAGAUUGAAGAUUUGACAUACCAUAUCGAUUAUCAUGGUGUCACGACGCAUCCAACACCAACUCCAAAACACCCCCAACCCAUGAUCCAUAACUAG